GCAUGGCAAAUUGGCCAAAAAAAACUUUCUCUGAAACAAAAUCAACAUUUUUCCACUUAAUGAAAAAUGGCAUCUCCUUCUUCACAAACCUCCUUCUCAGCCAAAUUUGUAGUAAAAUGCUGCGUCUCAGAGCUGGUUGUCCCUGCAAAGCCAACACCUAAUGAAGUGAAAAAUCUUUCUGAUAUAGAUGACCAAAAAGGGUUGAGAGGAUAUUUUCCUAUGAUUUGGUUUUACAAAAAAAAUGAUAAAAAACCAUCAAUGGAAUUGGAAGGGAAAGAGAAAGACCCAGUCAAGGUGAUAAAGGAAGCACUAGGUAGAGCCCUGGUGUACUAUUACCCUCUAGCUGGUAGACUCAAAGAAGGCCUCGAUGGGAAGCUUUUGGUGGAUUGCAAUGGUGAAGGGGUUUUGUUCAUUGAGGCUGAUGCAGAUGUUAGUUUUGAACAACUUGGUCAUCCAAUUCAACCGCCUUUUCCAUAUGUUGAUGAGAUUCUCAGUAAUUUUCCAGCUUAUGAUGGUAUUCUUGGUUGUCCUUUGUUGUUGAUCCAGGUUAUUCGUAUGAGCUGUGGAGGUUUGAUUCUGGCCAUAAACUUUACUCAUGUAAUGUUGGACGGAUUUGGACUAUCUCAGUUUUUAAACACAUGUGGAGAGAUUGCAAAAGGUAUAGAAGAACCAUCUAUUCAACCUGUUUGGCAAAGAGAAUUACUAAAUGCCAGAAACCCACCAAGAAUAACUCAAAUCCACCAUGAAUAUCUACAAGAAGCUACUGAUAUUGACCACCCAAACUUCCAUCAAACGGAAGCAAUCAACCGUUCUUUCUUUUUCGGUCCCGAUCAAAUAAUGGCCAUUCGAAACCAUCUUCCCCCUCACCUUGUUAAUACUUGCACUCGUUUCGAGUUACUAACGGCUUGCAUAUGGAAAUGUCGAACACUUGCUCUAAAUAUGGACCCUGAAGAGGUUGUUCAAGUUUCAUGCGUAUUCAAUGGACGGCAUAAAGACAUCAUCAAUGAUUUAAGUUUGCCACCAGGAUACUAUGGCAAUGUGUUUUCCUACUCCGCUGCAGUCUCAAAGGCCGGAGUUUUAUGCGAAAAGCCGUUGGGAUAUGCAAUGGAGUUGGUGAAGUUAGCAAAAUCUAAAAUGGAUGCUGAGUACAUAAGAUCAGCUGCAGAUCUUAUGGUGAUCAAGCGACGUCCUCGAGAGAAACUUAAAGGGAACUACAUUGUUUCCGAUAUAACAAGACUUGGGUUGGAAGAUGUCGAUUUCGGAUGGGGUUUGCCUGAAUAUGCUGGACCUCCAAUGACUUACCCUUAUCUUGGCUGCAAUGUCAAGUACAAAAGCAAAGGGGAAGAUGGAAUUUUGGUGCUGAUAUGUCUGCCAUUGUCGGUCAUGGAGAGGUUUCAACAAGAGCUUACUAAAAUAAUCACCAUUCCAAGAGGGACCUAAUUCCUAUGUAAUAUUAAACACAUUCAAUAUGCUUAAGACAAUUAUAUCAGUACUCUAAGAUUCCAAG